UAGUAACUAGGGACGACCGGAAAUUAUGUACACAUGCCGUUGUCGCAGUGUAUUUCAAGUAACAGGUUCGGUUUUGCGUUUACUGACUUUUUUUUACAUCGAAACAUUUCAGUGCAUAGAAUCGUUUUGUGGCAAUUCUUUAUAGUGUACAUAUGGCGUAUCCAGGAUAUGGCGGGUAUGGAGGACCAAUGCAAGGCAUGCAACUCCAGGGUAUGCCCAUGCAGGGUGGACCCAUGGGAGGCCCACCCCAGGCAGGCUACCCCCAGAAUGGUGGAGGCUACCCUGGGACCUUUGCUGCUCCUCCUCAGCAGCCUGUUAAUGACCCCAUGUGGGGGUACUUUACUACCAUAGCAGGACAGGAUGGUGAGAUUGAUGCAGAGGAGCUUCAAAGUUGUCUUACACAGACUGGUAUCAGUGGCACCUAUACUCCCUUCAGUUUGGAGACAUGUAGAAUCAUGAUCGCAAUGCUGGAUAGAGACAUGACCGGAAAGCUGGGCUUCAAUGAGUUCAAGGAGCUGUUUGCUGCCUUGAGUGGCUGGAAGCAGAACUUCAUGAUGUUCGACCAGGACCGGAGUGGCACGGUGGAACCCCAUGAGAUGACCCAGUCCAUCUCCGCUAUGGGCUACAGGAUCAGCCCGCAAGCUCUGAACGCUGUCAUCAAACGCUACAGCAAGGCUGGCCGGAUCUACUUUGACGACUAUGUGGCAUGUGCUGUGAAGCUUCGCGCCCUCACAGAGAGCUUCAGGAGGAGAGACCAGAUGCAGCAGGGGGCUGUCAACUUCCAAUACGAUGACUUUAUCCUGUGUACAAUGGCCAUCUGAGUGGUGUGGCCUGGCCCGGCCCAUCCCGUGCUGGAGUCAGUGGGAGGGGCGCUUCAACCGGCAGUCUGGGGCUCGCUGACUACUUCCCCUAAAUAAUGGGAUGGCACCAAUCAAUAUUAGCCAAAAAUUCUUAGGUUGAGUCCCAUGACCAACUUAAAACGGGGAAGGAGGUUACAACAAAAACUGCUUGCUUGCCAUAAUGUCUGCCUUUCUUGUACAAUAUGCAGGUAUGUGCAGAUGUGCCAGAUAUCAUAUGGCGUGUUUCUAAAUGUAUCUGCUUGUUGUAAAUUCUGUUGCUAAAUGACAGUGGUAGAUUUGAACAAAGAAAGGGAUAGCAGAGAUGUUACUGAUCUUUACGAUGAUUACUUUUGUGCCAUUUACAAUCUCUGAUCAUACGGUUUCCAUAUUCUUCCCCGUCACUGUAUAUGUUCUGUUUUUAUAACCACUAUUGUUUUAUAACCAUUAUAUAGGUGUGAAUUACAUUUACAUUAAACACUCCGUACAUUUUGAAGUAUAGAUGUAUAAUAAUAUUUUUAUGACAAAUAUACAGUUAUGCUGGCUUUGCCUUUUUUAAGGUAACUAUAUGCAUCUCUUGAUUUGAAUGAAAUGUGGCCUAACGCAAUACACAAGUUAAACAUUAGGGCAUUCACAAAUAUAUGAAUAACCUGCACUGUGUUGUAAACAUGCACUGUUAUUCCUUCGCAAAGAAAAGCAUGCAUUAACUACCGCCAACAAAUAUGUCUACAACUUUUUUUGUGAUAACCUGCAUUUUCAUAGUUCAGGGUGAAAUAUUUCUCAGACAUGUAGUUAAGUGCUUUGUGACCAUUGGGGCAUUCAUCAGUGAUAUUGGUGUUAUUCACAACACAAUAAACUCAGUUUGUAGUC